UGCCGGGACAGCCCCCAUGUUCUUUAGGCGCGUUGGGCGAGCCGGCGGCGCAGGGGAGAGGAGAGGUUGCUGUCGCUGCUAGUGACCCUGUGGCGCGUCUCUGUGGGACCGGGAACUUAAAGAUAGCCAGAAUGGCAGAAAAUGGUGAUAAUGAAAAAAUGGCUGCUCUGGAGGCCAAAAUCUGUCAUCAAAUCGAGUAUUAUUUUGGUGACUUCAAUUUGCCACGCGACAAAUUUUUAAAGGAACAGAUCAAACUGGAUGAAGGCUGGGUACCUUUGGAGAUAAUGAUAAAAUUUAAUAGGCUAAACCGUCUAACAACAGACUUUAAUGUAAUAGUAGAAGCGCUGAGCAAAUCAAAGGUGGAACUCAUGGAAAUAAGUGAAGAUAAAACUAAAAUUAGAAGAUCUCCAAGCAAACCCCUCCCUGAAGUGACUGAUGAGUAUAAAAAUGAUGUAAAAAACAGAUCUGUUUAUAUUAAAGGCUUCCCAGUUGAUGCAACCCUUGAUGACAUAAAAGAAUGGUUGGAAGAUAAAGGUCAGGUACUAAAUAUUCAGAUGAGAAGAACAUUGCACAAAGCAUUUAAGGGAUCAAUAUUUGCUGUAUUUGAUACCAUUGAAUCUGCUAAGAAGUUUGUCGAGACCCCUGGCCAGAAGUACAAAGACACAGACCUGCUAAUACUUUUCAAGGAAGAUUACUUUGCCAAAAAAAAUGAAGAAAGAAAGCAGAAUAAAAUAGAAGCUAAAUUACGAGCUAAACAAGAGCAAGAAGAAAAACAAAAGUUAGCAGAAAAUGCUGAAAUGAAAUCUCUAGAAGAAAAGAUUGGCUGCUUGCUGAAAUUCUCGGGGGACUUAGAUGAUCAGACAUGUAGAGAAGAUUUGCAUAUCCUUUUCUCAAAUCAUGGUGAAAUAAAAUGGAUAGACUUUGUCAGAGGAGCCAAAGAGGGAAUAAUUCUGUUUAAAGAAAAAGCUAAGGAAGCACUGGAUAAAGCAAAAGACGCAAAUAAUGGUAACCUACAAUUAAGGAACAAAGAGGUCACCUGGGAAGUACUAGAAGGAGAUGUGGAAAAAGAAGCAUUGAAAAAAAUAAUAGAAGAUCAACAAGAAUCCCUAAACAAAUGGAAGUCAAAAGGUCGCAGAUUUAAAGGAAAAGGAAAGGGAAAUAAAGCUGCCCAGAUUGGGUCUGCUAAAGGAAAAGUACAGUUUCAGGGCAAGAAAACUAAAUUUGAUAGUGAUGAUGAACAUGAUGAAAAUGGUGCAUCUAGACCAGUAAAAAGAGCAAGAGAAGAAACAGACGAAGAACCUGCAUCAAAACAACAGAAAACAGAAAAUGGUGCUGGAGACCAGUAAUUUAGUAAACAUUUUUUAUUCAUUUUAAUUAGAUUUUAAGCUGCUUUUGUCUUUGGAGGCUUUUAAAAAGAAAACCGAAUUAGGUCCACUUCAAUGUCCACCUGUAAGAAAGGAAAAUUUUUUUUUUGUUUAACUUGUCUUUUUUUGUUGUUAUUGUUAUCAAAGUGAGUAUUUUUUUAUGUAUAAUUCUGUUUGUGUUCUUUCAGAUUAUUCAAAUAUCAAAAGAAACAUUCUUCCACUAAAUUGCCUUUGUAAUAUGAGAAUGUAUUAGUACAAAGUAAUAAAAUGCAUACUGCAUAAAAA